UUGAAGGGGAUAUCAGCGAGGACGAAGUAGUCGAUCUUGAUCAAUACCGUCGUAACAUCAUGCAAAGCUACUGCAAAUGACACCAGUGUCCGUAUGGCCACAAUCCGCAUAAGCCCAGUCCAUCGGCAUACAGUAAAGGGAGACCAUACCAGCAACACCAUAGUUGGCCUGUCCAACUGGAACCAAAGCCGGCGCGACAGCACUAGACCUUGGUGAUCUCGUAUAGUGUGCUUAUUGAUAGCAGACAUCACGAAUAUCCGGUCCUUAUGCGCCAUGGGGACCGAUGGUGUUGAAAGGAAGCGAGUGUUUUUUGAAAAAGGAGAAUGGCGCGACACUUCUUGAUAUCUCUGGAGGCCAUUUUCUCGAGGCCUUCACGUAUAUUCUUGGACCGAUCGAUACUGUAUUCGCGACCGUGGUCCUCCAGCACCCUUCAUCCCAAGUGCUCAAUUUUGAUGGCACACCCACUGGUGAUGUUAUCUCCGCUGACGGUCCGUCGCAGGUAGUCGUAUCUGGCACGCUAAAGAGCGGUGCUGUGAUGAGCUUGCACUGGCGUACGGGGAAGAAGAAACCUGCCAAUGUGAAAGCGGCACCUCCGCUUGUAUGGGUUAUUGACGAGAUGAAAGGAAGCAUAAGGAUUGAGAGCAAUAAUCCCUUGGCAGCUUUUGUAGCGGUGUACGAACCAACACAGCUUUGGGUGAAUGGUGAUGAGGUGAAAGUUGAUGAUGAUGGUAAGACGAAUGAGGGUAGGUCCUGGGAGGAAUACUUGAAGGGCGAAGGCGCUGGAGAUUAUCCCGACUUGCAGCAUGCAGUUCAGAUCAAGAGUAUUGUCGACGCCAUCUGGAGGAGUGCUGAGGGACGCGUUAGGAUUACCCUGUAA